UGCCUUUCUCGGUUUCCCUCGGCGGGUGGCGAGGGUCUGGUGGAAGAGCCUCCGGGACGCACUUGGGCCGGAUUUGAGGGGGGGGGUGGGGGGGCGGGGAGGGACCUGCGGCUUGCGGCCCCGCCCCCUUCUCCUGCUCGGCCUGGCGAGCGGCUAAGCCCGCCUCCCGCUCCGGCCGGCCCGGGGGCCGCGUCCCCGGGGCACCCUCGUCAGUCUAGGCCUGGGCUUCUCUGCUUGCCGGUUGUCGGCGGGCGGCCGAGGUACCCCCCCUCCAUGGUGGGUUUCGGAGCCAACCGGCGGGCUGGCCGCCUGCCCUCCUUCGUGCUGGUGGUGUUGCUGGUGGUGGUGGUCGUCCUCGCCUUUAACUACUGGAGCAUCUCCUCACGCCACGUCCUGCUUCAGGAGGAGGUGGCCGAGCUGCAAGGCCAGGUCCAGCGCACCGAGGUGGCCCGCGGGCGUCUGGAGAAGCGCAAUUCCGACCUCCUGCUCUUGGUGGACACGCAUAAGAAGCAGAUCGACCAGAAGGACGCCGACUACGGCCGUCUCAGUAGCCAGCUGCAGGCCAGGGAGGGCCUGGGGAAGAGAUGCGAGGAUGACAAGCUUAAACUACAGAACAACAUAUCUUAUCAGAUGGCAGACAUUCAUCAUUUAAAGGAGCAACUUGCUGAGCUGCGGCAGGAGUUUCUUCGACAAGAAGACCAGCUUCAGGACUACAGGAAGAACAAUACUUACCUUGUAAAGAGGCUAGAAUAUGAAAGUUUUCAGUGUGGACAGCAGAUCAAGGAAUUAAGAGCACAGCAUGAAGAAAAUAUAAAAAAAUUAGCCGACCAAUUUUUGCAGGAACAGAAGCAAGAGGCCCAAAAAGUUCAAGCAAAUGAUAGAAAAGAUUUGGAUAUAAAUGAUCAUGUCGUACCUAACAAUAUUCCAAAAGAAGUUGAGAAUGCUGCAGAUAAGAAUGAAGAGCCCUCAAGCAAUCAUAUUCCACAUGGCAAAGAACAAAUCAAACGAAUUGGUGAUGCAGGGAUGCCUGGAAUAGAAGAGAAUGAUGUAGCAAAAGUCGAUGAACCGCCUGCUGCUUUAAAGAAGCCCCCUGUUUUAGUUUCUCCACAUGGAAGCCACCAAGCAAUCUCUCAGCUUCCAACUGGACAACCUCUUUCCCCAAAUAUGGCUCCAGAUUCACAUGUAAACCACAAUGGAAACCCUGGUACUUCAAAACAGAGCCCUUCCAAUUCCAAUCCUCUUCAACGUUUACUUCCAGGCUCAAACAUGGAGAGUGGACCCAGAAUUCAACCAGAUGUACUAAAGCAGGCAACUAAGGGCAGAGUCAGUGAUUUCCACAAACUGAAGCAAAGCCGAUUCUUUGAUGAGAAUGAGUCCCCUGUUGAUCCGCAGCAUGGCUCUAAACUGGCGGAUUAUAAUGGGGAUGAUGGUAACGUAGGUGAGUAUGAGGCAGACAAGCAGGCUGAGCUGGCUUACAAUGAGGAAGAAGAUGGUGAUGGUGGAGAGGAAGACGUCCAAGAUGAUGAAGAACGAGAGCUUCAAAUGGAUCCUGCAGACUACGGGAAGCAGCGUUUCAAUGAUGUCCUUUAAGUCCCACAGGGAAAUGUCACAAAACCUAAAGUGCUGUAAAAUUGAAUCAUUUCUACUUUGUCAUUUUUGACUUUCAUUGUAAAGAUCAGUUGUAUCAGUUGUAAAGAUACAUUGAAAUAGAUUUAAGGAAAAACUUUAAUGAAGGAAUGUACUCAUGUACAUAUGUGAACUUUUUCAUAUUGUAUUAUUAAAGCAGAGACUUUUUUGGUUAUGACACAGUUGAGCCAAAAAUAGUUAAUCUUUGCAUUUAAAGCAAACUAAUGUAUAUUUCACACUUUAUGGAGCCUAAUUUUUCCACAGUAGACAAGCAGGAGAAAAUGUUUGUACAGGUUAUAGUUUGCACAUAGCAUAACCAGAAUGAAAAGAGUUAUUCAGCUGAAUAAAUUUUAUAUACUAAUAUAUUCCUGUUAGCCCAACAGGUGUUCUAUGUACCCCUCAUGUAAUGCUCUUUAAGGAAUUAUGGCAAAUUACAUGAGGGGAAACUGGAUGCUAGCCUGGGCAAUGUGUACAGUGUCACUUCCCUGCUUUUAUUUUACAUGGGUGCUGAUGUGUUUUGGCAGAUUAACUUUCAGCUGAAGCCUGCUGAAAGUUGAGAUAACCUUCAAAGAAAUAACAGUAUUUAUGUUAUUUCUUAGUUCUUGAAAUUGUGGAGUGCAUGAUUGACAGUAUAUUUUCAAUUUUUAAUUUUCAAGUACUGUUAACUAUAGUCAGCACUGGCUAAAAUUUUUACUUUCAGAGUUCAAGGUGGUGAGGAUAAUCAUCAUUUAAAUGUCACAUCUUGAAAGGGGCUACAUCUACCUUGAAAUAAAUCUUCAAUCAGUAUUUCAAAGCUUUUUCUGACAGCUUUAGUGAUCUUAUUUGACUGGACUUUUUCAGAGUUACUAAAUAAGGACUUUUAACAGGUUUUUAUUAAUGCACAGAUAAAUAGAAGUGCAGUGAGGUCUACAGGUGUUUUAUUAAAGUAGCUUAAAAGUUUGUAAUAAAAUGAAUCUUUAUAAUUACUUAAUAUUAGUUAAGAACCCAUAUUUUCCAGACUUACAAAAUUAUUUUCAGUGCAUUUUGUCUCUUUUGAUCAGUAGCAUGUGUAGACUAGCUAAUCCUUGAUUUCUAGGAUUUAAAGGACUUAUAAAUUUUAUCUCACUCCCUGAAAACAAAAGCUUUUAAUUAUGAGGGGGAAACUUAAGGUUGUUAACCCUAUUUUUUUACAAGGGCUAACUAUUAAUUGUAGAUUAAUACCGCUGGCAUAGCUCAGUGGUAGAGCACUUGCCUACGAUGUGUGGGGCCCAAGAUUUCUCAACAUUGAACAAUAAAUAAGCAGAUAAAUCAGAAACAUUUCCCCACACACUAAGAUUCCAGUCAAAAUUCAAAUUUGCAGAACUAAAGAAAUCCUUCACACUCGAAGAGGUAUUCAAAAGAUUUAAGGUUUCAGUUUAAAAUUCCUUAAUCAUCAGGAAAUGAUUUGGUAAUUUAAUGAAAUUGCUUUUUUCUAUAUCAAAGCAAAUGAUUCAUACUUUUGUUAUCACUAAGAUCAGUCCUACAAUGAAGUACUGUGAUGGUUCACAGAACUUUUAAGAUGCAGUUAAAGGAAAGUGAUACAGGUCCUCUGGGCAUUGGCAUGGGGAGAUAAAUCUAAAAAUACUCUUGGUAAUACUUCAUAUAUAAUAUUGUGAAGUUUUUAAAAUAAAAACCAUGAAAUUAUCUGCCUUAGUUCCUUUGACAUAAAAGGUCAUUUGGUUGUAUGGUAGCUAUUACUUACACAGCAAAAAUUUUCUUCAAUUAGCAGCCUAGACAUUUUAUAAACAAAUCUUGGACCAAUCAAUAACCUUUCUGACUGUAUUAACAUUGUAGUGUUAUGUGAGUCUCCUAGAAUUCUGACAUUCUGCAAGUCUCUAUUAUACAUGCUGUUUUUUAAUAAUGUUUUACUUCUGCCUUAAGGUUUAGUUUUUUUUUUUUAAUGUAUUUUGCCCUGAAUUAAGUGUUAAUUUGAUGGGAACUCUGCUUUUAAAAUCAUCACUUACUGGGUUCUAAUAAAUUAAAAAUUAAACUUG